AGCUUUCGCAGAAACGGUCGGAGCUUGCAGUCGAGCGUGACUCGGCAUGCGGAGCGUUGCUAGUUUGCAAUAUUUUUUUCAUAUUUUUUCGCCUCUCCCCGGCGAAUGACGCAGUCUCUCCUAGAUCGAGGUAAAGUAAGCGGUUGGUCCUUAUCCGUCAGCGAGAUGAGUUGUAAACUUUUACGGAACCGCGAAUUAGUUAAUUGCUCCAAGGUGCUGACCAAAUUGUUACUCCGAUAAUUGAUGAGAUUUUCAUAUUGCUGAAACGGUUCGCAGAGCUCUCUGUUUGGAAACAAGUGUAAACUUUUGGAGGUGAAAGGAAAGUAAAAAAAGAAAGAGAAAAAGAAAAAACCAAAUGAAAAUGCCGAAGCAGGUGUAUCUGGCAAGCUAUUCACGUUUGGAAUUAGAACGGAGUUAAAAUUGGAGAGAAAAUGAUUUCGCUCCGAGUGCAGUAACCAGUGUUGUUACCUGCUUGUCGUAACAUUGUAUAAAUCGGCUAGAGAGCGGUGUACCUACCAUUCGUACAGUAUCAAGUAAGUCGGAGCGUUCGAUCGGCCCGCAAAGAAGCAAACCGUGAUAAUCAUGAGCAAGUCGUCGGAAGAAGCCGGUGCCAACGGACCUCCGCAGGACGGAUCGGGGGAAAACGGUGGCCAGAAAGACGCGAACGGUAUUUAUGAAAACCGUGCGGGGACGAAGAAGAUAGUUCGCGUGGUCACGGUAAUGGCCUACGUAUUUUCCGUGAGUUUUACCGCGAUUCUUUUGAGUGCCUAUUACGUGUUCAUCUGGGAGCCACCGAACCCGAAAAUGAUACAGCGAAGCCGACUGGUCAGCGAUUCUCACAUCUAUCUGACCCAUUAUUUGCCAGAUUCGCGAGAGAACUCUUCGGAGGGGGAGCCGCUGGCGGCCACAAAAAUCGACGAUGAUCUGGGGGAGAAGUUGAAUCUCUUCGAGAGAAUAACUUUGCGGAAGGGACGUCAGAUGCGAUCCGACGACGGUUCGCAAAGGAGGCCCAAUUUCGACGAUAGAGACAACUUCGUAGGAUUAAAAUAUUCCACCACCCCCCUCGCCGACCUACGAGGCGACGUUUCGUUAUCCUCCGUUUAUCUCGCGACGACUGCUUCGCCGGCGGGUGAUUUGUCUUUGCUGGAAACCAGCGGAACAUCGUCAAGAAAAACGGAGCCAGGCGAGAAUUCAUCGCCAACCGAAUUCGACGCACCCAAUCGAGCUACGUCCGUAAAAGUCCGUGUAACGACGGCCUAUUCUCGAGCAUCCGUUUACGCGAAGCCAACUCCCGGAGACUCGGGCGUGCCCCGCGACGAGCUCGAGGACGAUGUGGAAGAAGGGAAGAAAUCCAGCAAUCUUCGCCGAAUUGCAAAUGAGACGGCACGGGAAUCCGGCGGUGAGGGCAAAAGCGACAUACCUGAGCGGUUACCCGGAAUCACGUUCUUCGCCACGGAUGAAACCAACCUCUCGACGCCCCGACCAGACGCUUCGUCGAAACCAUCCGCACCAUCGGCGGUGGAUCUGAGAGGAAUCAUUUAUGCGGGAUUACGUUCGAAAGUUGGAAACUAUUCUCAUUUCGAAGUCCGACCCGGCGGUACGGUGAAGGGUAACGGAGACGCGAUUGGAGACGAGAGAAGGGGGACGGAGGCGGCGACACCGGGCAUGCCGUCAGUGUCCAACUUGGACGAGAAUUUCUACGAUGAGAUUUUGGAAGAGCGCGACGAUCGGCCAGCGUUGAAGAAGGACGGAGACGAUGCGUCGACCACCCUCUCCAAGGAUCAGCAAUUUUAUGCAGGGAGAAACGCGAGGGAUCGCAUCCUUAAGCGGAAAUGAGUGAUACGGCGACAAGGACCUCGUGAAUUCAGUUACGGGCAAUUAUAUUAUUCGUCUUCGUGCGAUGACCGACGCAAUUAUACCCGCGUGUAGGUACACACACGCGUACAUGUACAUGCGUGUGCGCGUGUGCGGCAAUUCGAACCGAACAAGAGGCAUGCCGGAUUCGUUGUCUUGCGUAACAUAUUUUUAGAAUUCAAAUCUCAUAGAGUUGUAAGUCUGGAAUUGUCACGGCGAUAGUCCUUCCAUAUUAUCGUAUUACUCAUAUUAUGUGUAACAUUUCACGAUUAUAAUCCACAGGUGUAUUCGUAUUUAUUCACAGAUAUCUAUGAAUAUACGCACUGAUGGAUUUGAAAAAGUUUACACCUUGAUGAAUACAGUUUAUUUAUAGAUGUUAUUAUUCUACGGUGUGAUAAUAUUAAUACAUCUCUACUAAUGUUAUACAGAGGUAAAAUUGUUUGUGUGUAUGCAGGGGGUAAUCUCUGGAACUACCGAACCGAUAUUGACAACCCUUUCGCCAAUAAAAAGCUAAAUUAUCCCUGAGCAA